AAUACUUUAUUUGAUAACGUGCAAUUGGAUGGAAGUAGUAUAGUGCCCGCCCCCUUAACAGGAAGAACAUCGCACUGAAGAAACAUACACAUGCGAUGAGGCUUCAACGUUAUGGUCCUACCAACUAUUGAAAUUACUCGUUCGAUACGCUGAUUUGGAGUUAACUAUUGUUUUCUAGAUGGCAGCAUCUGGCAAAUUAGCUGCUCUGCGGCUGCCCCCGCUACCCACCAUAGGGGAGAUCAUAAAGCUGUACAACCUGCGAGCUGAGAAGCAGUUGUCUCAAAACUUCCUCUUGGAUAUGAGGCUUACAGAUAAGAUUGUGCGUCAGGCGGGCAGCUUGAAGGAUGCCCAUGUGUGUGAAGUGGGGCCGGGGCCGGGGGGAAUGACCCGAUCAAUCCUGAAUGCCGGCGCCGCUGAUGUGCUGGUGGUGGAGAAAGACAGUCGUUUCAUCCCCAGCUUAAAGCUUCUGGCCGAGGCGGCCCCUGGCAGGGUCAGGAUAGUUCACGGUGAUAUCCUCACCUACAGGAUGGACCGGGGAUUCAAGCCUGACAUAGCCAAGAAGUGGGAGGAUGAGCCACCCAACUUACACGUAAUAGGGAACCUCCCCUUCAACGUGUCCACCCCGCUCAUCAUCAAGUGGCUGGAGUCCAUCUCCACGCGCAGCGGGCCCUUCGCGUUUGGCCGCACACGUCUCACGCUCACUUUCCAGAAGGAAGUGGCCGAGAGGCUGACAGCGAGCACGGGGAGCAGACAGAGGAGUCGCCUGUCUGUCAUGGCGCAGACCUACUGCACCGUCAAGAACUGCUUCACCAUCCCGGGGAAGGCCUUUGUUCCCAAACCUGAGGUGGAUGUGGGGGUGGUGCACUUCACUCCUCUGGCCCAGCCCCAGAUCCAGCAGCCCUUCAGUCUGGUGGAGAAGCUAGUCAAGAAUGCCUUCCAGUUCCGGAGAAAACACUGCUUCCGAGGGCUUGCGAUGUUGUUCCCGGAGGCGGAGCGCCCGGAGCUGACCCAAGAGCUGCUGCGGCGGGCCUGCGUGGAGCCCACGCUGCGGCCCACCGAGCUCACCAUCCCGCACUUCCGCGCCCUGGCGGACGCCUACGGCCAGCUGUGCGCCCGGCAACAGGGCCUCGCGUCUUACGAGUUCCGCGAGGAGCAGCGGCUGAAGCGGCUGCACCGCAAACGCGACGACGCCGGCGCCGCCACCACCGUCGGCCCGCCCCACAAAGAGUCCCGACCGGCGCCACGGGACGAGGCAGAAGAAUGAAGCACCUGCACCCUAAACAAGGCGCCCGCACCCUCCAGCUGUACUGGAGGAGGACGAGGAAGAGGUGGAGGAAGAAUAACAUUAAGCUGGCUCGGGCGCGGUGAGGGACGAAACGAAGGAUGACAAGGGAAGAGAAAGAGAGACAACAGACUGCUCUUAGUGCCGACAUACCCACCAGGCACGGGCAUGAAUUUUUCAACGUGGGUUCCCUGUCUCCAGAAGGCGACGAGGAGGUGGUGGUGGGCCAGGCGCUGGCGAUGCUUUAGUGAUGAAGCUGGAUGGGUAGAGGACCCACACACACACACACACACGCACGCACGCACACACACCCUUCUUCUGCCACCAUGACCUGGCUGACAGACUCACUGAGAUGCAUAGGCACUGCUCUGGGACAAGCAAAGCCCAGUGAUGAAAUGGAAAGUGAAAGGGGGUAAAAGGAAGUCGUUAAAACUGUGGGAAGGGGUGUGUGUGUGUGUGUGUGUGUGUGUGUGUGUGUGUGUGCUGAGGUAGUGGUGGUGGUGGGGUGGUGGGGUGGUGGGAUGUGCUUGUCACACACACACACACACACACACACUCCACCUCAAACCUGCGUGCUCACACUAGGGCCCAUUGGUGUGUGAGAUAUCACACCGACAAGGGUUUUGUGGACAACAUAAAAAAUGAGAACAAGUUGCAGCUAUUGAGGCCAUUUUAUCCGCGCUCUGCAUCAGCCACUAGGGAAUUUGUAAAAGAAAAGGAGAGAAACACUGAGAGGAAGAGAGAGAGAGAGAGAAGGUAGCUGCCCUGAAACUUUGUCAGGAGCCUACAGCAGCUAUAGGAGAGCUUUAAUCACAUCCCAGUAAGGCGCCUCUUCAUUAUCUCAGACAUUUCAGAGGCAGAGAAAGGGAGCCAUCAGAUUUUCUUUUGUUCCAGGAUGACAGCACAUUGUAAAAAUAGAUACUAUUACUUUGCAUUUAGUGAAAGACAUCACAGAGAACACCUGUGAUAACUGCAAGUGUGCUUCUGUAAUUGUAUUCUGUAUCUUUCUGAUUUGUUCAAUAAAUGUGUAUAAUAUUUA